AUGCGCUCCCCGCUCCCGUUCCCCUGUGUCCCUGAUCGUCCUUACAAGAUCCUGCUCGUGCAGCGCGAACGGCCGAAGCGCGACGAGGCGCGUGGCGAGAUGUCAUACCCUCCAGUGGCCGAGGGCAUCCCCGUCGGCGACGUCGCGGGUGGCCAGGCGGCGCCACGAGUGCAGCGUCAGACCUCAGAGGGUUUCCUGCGCAACCUCGGCAUGCCGCCAGGGAUCAACGCCUCGUUCCUCCGCUCCAACGAGUCGUUCCCACUGCGAAUCUGGAUCAUCGACAACUCCGGCUCGAUGCAGACCACGGACGGCAAGCGCAUCAUGCGCGGACCCGGCGGGCGCGAGGGCGUGGUGGACGCCAGCCGCUGGGACGAGCUGGGCGAUUCUCUAAUCUGGCACGCCACGCUGGCGGCCAACCUGGGCGCGCCGACCGAGCUGCGGCUGCUCAACCCGCCCGGCGGCGGCUCGCCGCAGGUGCUGAGCGUCGGCAUGGGCGGCGACGCGGCGGCGGAGGUGGACGCCGUCAAGAAGCUGAUCAAAAGCGGACCCACCGGCCGCACGCCGCUGUGCGAGCAAAUUCGGCAGGCGACGGCUCGCAUCCAGGCCCAGGCGGACGUGCUCCGCGCCAACGGGCAGCGCGUCGUCGUCGUGAUAGCGUCGGACGGCGCGGCGACGGACGGCGACAUUGAGGUGGCGAUGCGGCCGCUGCAGUCUCUCCCGUGCUGGGUGGUGGUGCGGCUCUGCACCGACUCGGAGGACGUUGUGCGGUACUGGAACGCCGUCGACGAGGACCUCGAGCUCGACAUGGAC